UGUACUUCUAAUGCACUCAGAAUGGUAAUAGUGUGUAAGUGCGCGACUUGCAACACAGGGAGGCACACAGAAAAAAAUUUCAAACGGGUAAGCUAUGUAUCACGUGGUUUCAUUUCCACGUGAUCACACCGGAAGUGUGCUCCAAACGUCAACGUGUUCCUGUCACAUUGCAGUGUCUCGUCGCUAAAUCAUUAGAAGUAUCUUGUAGUAGUAGUAGUAGUAGUAGUUAUUCGUGUUUUAGCAGCGAUGACUCAGGAAGUGUGCUACUUGAAGGCACAGCUAAAAGAAAAAGAGAAAGAGAUUGAAGCUCUCAAGAAUAAACUGGCCAUACUCGAAAAGAAAAGUGACAGCUUAGACCCAGAGCUACAUGACAGAGUGACACCUCUUCCUCUACUUAAAGCCAAAACCGCUCUUUCCAAUGAAGACAUCAUGCGUUACAGUAGACAGCUCCUCCUGCCUGAGCUGGGCGUACAAGGACAACUGAACCUAUCCAAGACCUCGGUGCUGAUUGUGGGGUGUGGAGGACUUGGCUGUCCUGUGGCUCAGUAUCUAGCAGCAGCAGGUAUAGGGCGUCUGGGCCUGCUGGACUAUGACGAGGUGGAGCUCAAUAACCUGCAUAGACAAGUGCUGCAUGGGGAGGAGAACCAGGGUCAAGCUAAAGCUCUGUCUGCUGCCAAUGCAAUUAGAAGGUUAAACUCAAGAGUAGAGUGUGUCCCUUACCACCUACAGCUUUCGUCUGAGAACGCCAUGCAGCUCAUUCAACAGUAUGAUAUUGUGGCUGAUUGUUCAGAUAAUGUCCCCACUCGUUAUCUUGUCAACGAUGCCUGUGUGCUCAGUGGCAAGCCUCUAGUAUCAGCGAGUGCCCUGAGAAUGGAGGGACAGUUGACAGCAUACAACUAUGAUGGAGGCCCUUGCUACAGAUGCCUGUACCCAGUGCCUCCACCCCCGGAGACAGUGACCAACUGUUCUGACGGAGGGGUGCUAGGAGUAGUUCCAGGCAUAAUGGGCUGCUUUCAAGCACUAGAGGUCCUCAAGAUAGCCUCUGGACAAGGCUCUUCCUGUGGCCAGCAGCUGGUAAUGUUUGACGCUGAAAGUGCCAGAUUUAGGUCCAUCAGGUUGCGGCCGAAGAAGUCCAGCUGUGCAGUGUGUGGGGAGCAGCCUAGUGUAACCCAGCUAGUGGACUAUGAAGCCCUCUGUGGGUCAGCUGCAACAGAUAAGUGUCGCAGACUCAAGCUUCUGUCCAGAGACCAGAGGAUCACAGUGCAGGACUACAAAGCCAUUGUGGACAAUGCAGAGCCACAUCUCUUGUUGGAUGUGCGCCCUUUUGUGGAGGUGGACAUUUGCCAUUUACCUGGCUCUCUCAACAUUCCGCUCUCAAGUUUAGAAGAGAGGAGGAGUGAACAUAUCCAGUUACUUCAGGAGCGUAUCCGCCAAGUGAAACAGAAGGCUGGUGGUAUCAACUGGCCUCCAGUUUAUGUGGUUUGUAAGCAAGGCAACGACUCUCAGAAGGCUGUGCAGGUCCUAGAGAAGAUGAGUGGAACAGAAGUGGACAAUAUCUCCGCCAAAGAUGUCUGUGGAGGACUGAUGGCUUGGGCGCAGAGGAUAGACCCCACAUUCCCACAAUAUUAAUAAUGCAAAUAUCUUUUUAAUGUUUUCUGAAAAUAAACAUUGUCCUUUUUACGAAUGUUCAUCAGUGUGGUGU